AUGUUACAGCCUUGGGCUUUAGCUGCACAAAUUGUAUUUUUUACAAAUUCAAGUAUAACAUUAAAAGACUGGUUAUCGAAGCUAAUUAAAAUUUCUACCUUUCAAGAUGAUACGCCAACGACUGAAACCGAUAUGGAAAUUCGCUUAAACGGUUUAAAGAAAAUGAUACGUGGUAUAAUAAAAACUGCUUUUAUGAAGGUUGUAUUAGAUAGUUUGUUACCUGACAAUAUAGCAAGUCUUUUAGCUAUACCAUUUUAUAAACCUAAAGCGUGCUUUAUUACUUUUAUUUUAGCGCUUCGUAUUUACUGCAUGAUAAGUGUAGUAGAUAUAAUUACAGGUGUAAUUCAAACUAUAUUUCUUAUUAGAUUUAAUGAUAUAUUCAAUAAUCCUUUAUUAGCUACCAGUCCGAAGGAUUUCUGGAAGUAA